GAUUUCCAACAACUCCUUUUGGCAACAACGGCCGCCAAUGGCGGCGUCCUUUGGGUGGGGGUGUCAUGGCGCCCAGAGACAAGUAGAGAAGCGGGGCUCGUAGAUAAGCACGGCUCGUCCGCUACGAUGGCUACUAUCGAGUACGACCUGAACACGUCAGGGGGCCUGAUGCCCCAAAUCCAGGCGCUGAUCGCUCCCCCUGCGAGCGAGGAGGAGCGCCGCAAGCCGCCCGUGCGCUGCCACCGUCCCGCGGGCCGCGCCGUCAACCACGACUGCUGCGACAGCUGCAAAGAAGGUGGAGACCUGAUCUGCUGCGACCGCUGUCCAGCCACGUUCCACCUGCAGUGCCACGACCCUCCCUUGGAUGAAGAGAGCCUGCCCUCGGGCGAGUGGAUCUGCCACCGGUGCACUGUGAUGGCCUCUGGCAGCAGCUCCCGAACAGGCGACAGCAGCAGUGCACUGCACACGCUUGUGGCAGCUGCUUCGCUGCUCAAUGCGCAGCAGUUUGAGCUCCCACACGAGCUGUCCUGUCACAUUGCACUGCCUGGAAGCAGCAAGCGUGUGCGCCCAGUCCGAGGGCGGCGGCACGACCUCGAACCCCCUGUGCCCCUGCCCUUGAGGGUCUGUUUCACCUGCCACAGGAGCUGUCGGUGGGCCCCGCUAAUUCAGUGCGACUACUGCCCGCUGCUGUUUCAUGCCGACUGCUUGGAGUUCCCACUUGCCUCCCUGCCUACUGGCCGAUGGAUGUGCCCUAACCAUGCAGAGAACUUCUUGGAGGAGAAGCUGCUCAAUUCCGUGAGCCUGACUGAGCGGGUGCGGCUGUGGGACCGAUUUGGGGGAGGCAGCCGGCUCAACCAGGAUGCAGUGAAGCUGGCAUUCCUGGCACGGGCACACCGGCCACAUCCGCCUUUCCGGCUCAAGCGCCAGAGGCCCCGGCUGUAUCGUGCCCACAUCCCGAGGGCCGUGCGCGACCACUACCGCCGCCGGCCACCGCCUCUGUCCUUGUCCUCCUUGGCAGCACAGCAGCAGCAGCAGCAGGAUGAGCAGGAGCUGUGGCUGGCCUCCCUGGUGGCUCUGCAAUUGGCCCUGGCCGCACGCACUGCCAAAGAGGGCUUGGCCAUGGAUGCACAAGACGAAGAGAAAGGCCCUGAAGGAUGGGAAGUAAGCCAGCUGGACGAGAAGCUCAUGCGCCUGCUCGCCUGGCAAAGGCUGCAGCAGCUGCUGCCUGCUGUCAAUGUGUCUGGGGUGUCGGCCAGCGAGGUGCAUGCCCGGGCCAUGGUGUGCCCCGUGGGUGGGAGCAGCAAAGGAAGCCCGGUACCCAUGCCCUACCGGACCCUGACCCUGGGCUCUGGUGCUGACAUGGAUCUGUGCCUCAGAGACUUUGGCCACUGCGACUUUGUCUCUGCAAAGCAUGCCUGCAUCUUCUUUGAUGAGAUUGGCAAGCACUAUGAGCUGCUCAACUACAGCGAGCACGGCACCACUGUGGACAACGUGCUGUACUCGUGUGACUUCUCAGACAAGCGGCGGCUGCUGGCCACUGCUCAGCCUGCUGCUGCUGCUGCUGCUGCACUGGCCGCCCCUCGGCACACGGGCACAAGGAGGACAUGCAGCUGCCGUGUGAAUCCCAUUGGUGCUGCUGGCUGGGAAGGCACGGCAUUAUUACACCACGGCUCCCUCAUCAAGCUGGGCUGUCUCCAGUUUGUCUUCAGUGUCACCAAGAACGUCGAUUAGGCAAGUUCAAUGGCCAUGGGUCCACAUCUAUUGGAUCACAAUGCACAAUAAAUUGACAGAGUGAAGACGCCACAAAGCACUGGGGGCAAGACUCUUCUGUGCUGCAAUCUUGCAGCAUGGUCUGCACAGUGUACUUGGCAGUGUUGGGUCUUCUUGGUAGAGACAACUGGAAUUAAGUGCUCACUGUGGUAUGCAUGCUGACAAUGCAGAUGAGGAGCACCAAGUUGUACCUGGACAGGUGACGAAGUUGGUGCUGCGAUUGUAAUGGAUGACACCACUGCUGACUAAUUGUAGCCUACACAGCACUAUGUGAACAGUCGGCACAGAGCCUUGAAGACCUUGUCACCGCUUCAUGUUUAAUGGACCGUAGUGCUUAUGCACUGGAUAUCUCUUGUGGACAAGUUGGCUAAGAGUAAAAACUCGAUUUACUGCAGACUUAUAGUUUCAUGUAAUGACUUUCAUUAAAAAUAAAUUGAUUGAGGGAACCGAACUCAGUA